CGUGAUAUGGCGGAAGGGAGGGCGAUUGGUGUAUUGAAAGAAAAUUUCUUCGUCGUACUAUGGUUAAUCGUAUAAGUUUUAAAAGAAGACGCCACUGACACCUGGAGUAACGUAUCACGUUGGAAGCGGCAAAUAGUUGGUGUUUGCUACAAGCAAAGCUAUCGAACUAUUUGCAUAUCUGAUACAGUGGAAGGAUGAGGCGGUAAAUUGGCUUGAAGAUUGUGGAGCAGCUAUGGAAAACCAGAUUUUAUCACCAAAUCAACAGGCAGACCAAUGGCCACGUCCAUCUAACCUGGUCAAAGGUCAACCAGAGGCUCCACAGGAACUCAUAGCAGAAAGCCCACCUCCAUCUUUUUCUUCGAUCUUGGAAACUGCAUAUGGUGCCACAAUAACCCCAACCUCAGCUGAACUUCCCAAUGUUCCCGAAAUUCCAGUGGACUGCAGCUCACCGUUGUUUGCGGGCCCAGACGAUGAUGAAACUAACCUUUCCGUUCAGCGACAACAUCGGCAUCGUCUCAGCUCAUCCGCAGACCCAGUGCUGCCCUCUGUGCACUCUCCCAAUGCAUAUUCCUCAUAUGAGACUGUCCUGUCCUUAGCGCCUGGUUCUCCCAUGUAUAUUCCUCACGAAGGAGGCCCUUCGGAUUGGCCCAACCGUCAGUUGGUGUCAGAUCCCUGUGACGCCCGACAUCGCAAGCGCUUGUUGAGCGAGUCUGAUUCCGAGCACAGGAAGAAAGAGCGGCCCCGUAGACCUGCUGGAAGAGAGGCACGUUUUGUGCAGACGUCGUCUCCCGUUAUUCAAGGAAUGGGGCGUGGUAUCAGGGGCUGCCCGCCAAACUUACCCGGUUCCUCCUCGUGUCAGGCACUGAGGGAAGAGUCCGUGCUCUUGGAGUUGGCCUCCGAAGCAGCCACUGAGAGCGACAGUGACGUGGACGUUAUAGAGUCGGCUUCUAGGCACCGUAGCGCGAGCGGAGCAGGUGCAGAUGGGAAAUAUGCUGGCCAUGUGGACCACAUGUAUUCUGGCAGCUGUGGCGACCCUCCUUCUGAACCGCCAGGUCGAGCAAAGAGCAGCAAGGUGGAGGAGAGUGUACCAGGCCCCUCAUCUGGUUCAAAGCUUUCAUCAAAGUCUGACACCAGGGGUAAUAGACUUGCUCGACGCCCUGGCAUGGAUUGGCCAGCAGCUCCUGAUUUGCAACUUGACUGUUUGACAAGCGAUGAUGAUGACAGCAGUAGUGUGGAGCUUAUUAGCAUAGAGCCUCCAAGAUCUAAUGGUCGUCAACAGACGCCGAGCGGGUCAAGCAGCAACAGCAACCAGAAACACCCGCAGCCACCACAUCGGGGGCCGCAGAGUCACAGGAGUGGCAUACAGGGAAGGAACGGACCUCCUCCCCCAAUUGGAGGCAGCAGGAUUGCACGUCAUCAACCCUGCAUAGGUCCUGGUGGGCGAGCCACCUUUGUGGAUCUCACCCAGUCCGACGACGAAUCUGGAGGUGGCCCUGCCCAUCGAAGACGAGUAUCUCCCCCUUGUUCCCCCCCUCAUCCAGCUCACCCAGCCUUCUUAAAUGGAUGUGGGGCACCAAGCUGCAGCAGUAACAGCAUGUUCUGUCCAGCAAGCGGACGACCAAUUAUGAGUCACUCCCACCACCACUUCCACAGCUGCUUUGCCCCUCCUCCUCCACCUCCUCCUCCACCACCACCACCACCUCUUCCCCCAUCUAGUGUGGCCCAAGGGAUGCACGGGGGAGCCACACACUUUCCCAGCUGCCGCUAUCAGUGCCCAGAGCCUCCACCUGUACCUGUGAUGCACUGCUCUAGAGAGGAUUCAUGUGCACGAACAAUGGGAACUACCGGAUCAAACAGUGAUGGGUGCAGAAGUUAUGGCAGUUGCUUUUCUCAUGUUCCUCCUGCACCUCCACCCCCACCUAAUGUGGUUGUUUCUCACAGCCACAUAUAUUCCCCUACUCCGAGUCCCCAUUUGGGUUACUUGGGGGCUCCACCUCCUCACACGGGUCCUCACAAUGCUGUGUAUAGUCCGCCUGCAGCCCACAACCCACAUCACGAGUUUGCAUCCCCAAUGUUUGCACGUAUGAACCCAACACAUCAACGCAUCUGGCAGGCACAGCAAAGGAUGCAAGAGAUGCAACGAAGAAGAAUGUACCACCACACCUUAUAUAUGCAAAGUGUUUCUCCUGUUCUGCUUCUUCCAAACAGGCAACAGGAGGCUCUGGCAUUGCAACGCAUGAUGGAAACGCAAGGUCAGGUGUACAUGUUUCCAACUGACAUUCAGCUGCCUGUGGACCCUGCCCCUGCAGAGGGCUCCACUGCAGUGGGUGGGGCUACUCAGUGCUCCACUGUGAGUUCCCUCACUCCCCCAAUCCAAGUGGCCAGCGAGGCAGUCGUCCUAGAUCCCGGUGUCCAGGCUGAGGUGGUUAUUGCCAGUCCAACAAGUGAACCCAGCCACGCACAUCUACAUCACCACAUCCAUCAGCAUCACUACCAUGCUCCUCCGCGGAUCCACCAUCUACCUUCUCUGACGCUUGGAGUUGCUCCAACAGUGACAAUGUCCCAACGCUUCCCAGAGAUGUACGCAAUCUCAACGCUGUCAGAUCUUCCUCACUAUGUCCCGCUGCCUCAGAACUAUAUGCCUCUCUUGUCUAGACAUGUUCAGGAAUCCAUGAGGUUGCUAGAUCACCGCCGAAUGGUCGUCAACCGUGGGGCAUCUCAGGGCACCAUUGAAAGAAACACGUUUCCCCACAAAUACAAAAAGAUUCAGCGAAGUGUGGAAAAUGAAGAUAACAUUGAAAAGUGCACCAUUUGUCUCAGUGAAUUCGAAGAUAAUGAAGAUGUCAGGCGAUUACCCUGCAUGCAUCUCUUCCACAUUGUGUGCGUAGACCAGUGGCUCACGACCAACAAGCGCUGUCCAAUCUGCCGGGUAGAUAUCGAAGAACACCUCAAAGACUUUGCCAUUACCUCGUGAUGAACUUGACUGAGUGUAGCAGUUGCCUGGCAUUUCCCAGUUUAUUACUUUUAAUCGCUAGUCCUCUGUUCACUACAGACACUUUUUCCUUCUUAAAUUAAGAUUGAAGUAAGCUUGCACGUGAUGUCUAUAAGUGCUUUGCUUCAGAAGUUUAGUGCCAUGCACUAGCUUUGUUUGUUUUUUGUUUCCCCCCUUUGGGUUGGGGGGGGGGAGGGGGGUGUAGCAUGACAUGCUGUCUGUGUGCGUUGUGAAUGGCAGCAGUAGGGAACUUUUUAUAAUGUUGCUUUAUAUUCACCUUGCGAGAGUAUGCCUGAUGUAGGUCAGUGCUAUAGUUAGGUCUAGGCAGUGAUUACUAGUGUAUAUUUCUUUAUUUUGGGCUGCGUCUCUGAAGGCAUAGCAGUGCUAAUGAGGUUGUUUAUAUCUGAAUCUAUAAGGUCGUCUUGUUUCUAUAUCAGUUCUGCGAGUUUGAGCUGUUGCACAGGCUAGGCAUCUAAGUCAAGGUCAGUCCUUAUGUCAGUGUGUUUGUCAAUGGGUUUGAAUCUGCUAUUGGCCUGUGGAAACAUAUCAGUGUGAUUAUCAGUCUGUAAUACUGGAGUGUGUCCUAUUAAUGUGGGAGUGCUAUAUCACAGCUGGCUCCAGUGUUCUGUGUAGCAGCCAGCUGUAGCUACUGACACAUUUUUUUCACGUUUUGUACACUUUUACUAGGUAUGUAUCGACCCUCGUGACCAUUGAAGCGGUCGGUUAGAGUUUUCCUUUCUCUCCAUAACAGACUACUGUUAUCCCAGAAUCUGUGGAUAAAAGAAAUGUUAACUGCAACUUUACGAAGUGAGAACUUGCUCAAUCGCAAAUAUGUAUGUGUUGCCGUGUAAUUGUGAGUUUGAGGCUCUGAAUGUGCUUUAUGACUUGAACGGAUCUUAGCCACAUUGAACAGGACUAGAAUGGCCAAAAGUCAAAACUGCUCUAUGCUGUCCUGAAAUGCUGCAGUAGUGUGGUUGAGAAAGUCUCUGUUUUCAGUUAAACUGUCAGUUGUUGGAAUUAAUGUGUGAUGCAGCAAAUUCUCCUCGUACCUGCCCUUCUAUCUAUCUCUCUCUCUCCUUUUUUUUUUUUCCUCCAUUGAAUCAUGUGAGAGCACUAGUGGCGUUUUAAAGUUAGGAUGAUUAUCCUUUGCAUAGUGGACUGUGCAGUGUUUUAUCAGCUUUCAGCUGUUGACUGUUCAUCUGUGGCUUCUAUAACUGCAAUGUGGAUCAACUUUAUGGUAUUUGGAAACCAUCCUUCGUGUGACAUUGAGCUGUACUUUUAAUGAGGAACACUGACACAAAAUUUCAUUUGUGUAGGAUGGCACCUGAAUUUUUCACACAGAAUCCUUCCCAUUUCAAGCAUCUUAUUUAGUAAAUCUAGUGGUGCACUAUAGUUGUAGCAUAGGGAAUAUGGGCAUUGUGGACACGCAGAAUUCUUACACAGAUGCAAAAUAUGAGCUGCAACUCGAAGGAGUGCUUGGUUGUAAUGACAUGGACGAGAAGAAGCACAAGUUGACACAACACAAGAAGCAAAAGUUCUGUAUUGGUAAAAGUGUUUCUGCCCCAUGAAAUUACAUUACAUGUCUACCUUGCUUCUUGUUGGGGGGCCAUCAUUAUGUUUGACUGUACAAAUGAAAAAGUACCUGAAAAUCAGUUCUCCAGCUUUAUAAACAUGCGAACGAUGCAGCUUCUGUUGCACUUGAUGUGAAAGCUCUCCUACCAAAAGGCUAGGCACAAAAGAAAAAAAAAAGUAGCAGAGAAGUUAUAUCUGGGGUAUCAGCAUCAGACGCAACUAUUAAUAAUGUUUUCCUUACCAAGAUGCAACUCCUAACAGCAUUAAGUUGAACCAAGCUGGCAAGAUAAAUUGCCAGAAUUUUCAUCCGUGCGAGUGCUCUGCAACAGAGCUGCUCCGAGACCAACUUCCCCCCAGGGGGCGGGCUGAACUUGGUGCGCCUUCCAGAAGCACUGUCUAAAAAAUGAUUGCACGACAACAGCUCUGGGAGAAGAACUAACAGUGAGUUCACAUGUGUGUGUCCACAUGUGUGUGUUCACAUGUGUAUUUAGCUACGCAUGCAUCGUAGACAGUUGGUUGCGUUCACAGAUAUUCUGAUCUUAAAAGUGAAGUACUGUAAAGUGAAACACACAAAAAUUCUAUUGUAGUGUCCACAGUGAAAAUUCUCUUUUUACUGGAUCGCUUUAUUGUGGCCCUUAUGCCCUCGUCUCUUCCUCCUUCGGAACAGUCAUGGUCUGCAGGCAGCGCAGGGAUUAGUCACGACCUUUUCACCAUUAUGUUUCAGGUCAUUCUUAAGUAGAUUUCUUUUUUUUUCAUUUUCCAUUUAUCUUCCUUUUGCGCUACAGCACAAUUGGAGGAGGUACGCCAAAAAGCAGCAAACGCUGCUUGACUAGGGCAGUACCCCCUUGCAUUUGGCAUCCGCAGCAGCAAGUCAAAGAAUUGCAUUAAGUUUCAGCACUGUACAAUGGUAAAAAAGAAGACCUGAUGCUAACAGAGAUAUAUACAGUGGUUACAACACGUUGAUUUGCUUUUAUAUAUGCACAUUUACUCAACAGAAAAAGAGAAUUGUGCAAGGUUGUAUUGCAUCUGUCACAUAUACAACAGGGAUAAGUUGUGCACUACUGUGCUUGGCGUUUUUGGUGCUGUGCUUGGCAUCAGUGAAUAGGGCCUGCAUCGAUGCACACCUUCCAUUGCUAUCUUGUUUUGUUGCAACAGCUUAUAAGCUACUGCUAAAAAGGUGGUGUGAACAUGUAUUUACAUGGAUGUAAUACACUUACAAGACAAAGUAACUACAUAUAGUCAGUUUUAAUGAAGGAGUCUACAAAUGCAAAUUUGCACAAGAAUGCCAGUGCUGUUAGUUUCUGUGAGUAUAAUUAACUUCUGCCUUUAUUAGUGUAAAAAACUUGACUACUUGAGGGAAAUAUGCUCAUGUUCUGGCCUUGGUUACUCUGAUAUAUGUUGUACUUGCAAGCUAUAUGUAUUCAUGUAGUUGAAAACUAUGAAUACCAGAGAAAGCUAAGGAAGCGACAAAGCCUUAUUUCUGGUACCCAUGUAAUUGUAAUGCUUAGUCCUUAGGGAUCUCUAAAAAAAAAAAAAAAACUAGGAAUGAGGAGAAAAACGUACAUGAACAAUGUGUCAAGCACAGCUGCGAAGUUUAUUUUACAAAUGACAAAUUUAUGAAAAUCAAAUGAAUUCAAGUGAGCCAGAAAGGGAAAACUGUCAGCCUCCCAAAGCUGAACUAAAAGUACCCAAAUGCUUGCCGACAAAGUUCCCACAGGAGGCGAUAGUGAGCAUCGCAGGCGAUUCCAGCGCAUACAACACAGACAAACACGUAAUGAGGACCCACAAAGGCUCCUCCUAACAACCCCCUUCUGUGUCUGUCUUAAAUGUUUGUUCGUGUUCUUUGCUCCGGAAUCACCUGUGACGUGCGGACUAGCCCUCCCUCAAGAGACUUCUAUUCAGGUCAACCUGUUUGGUCUUAACCAUUGUCUCUUGCCAAAAAGGAAUGCAACCCUUGCAAUCAUCCGAAUGUUUUACUAUUUCAGAGGUGCAUUUGUUAUUGUCAUGCCACUCUAGUUUUGGCCUUUCAGUAUCCCUAGCGAUGUGCAUUUCUUCAUUCCGUGAAAAAGUAACGUCGUUCAAGCACAUUCAGAAUUACUUUCUCACGAGCAUGUGAUUGAUCCAUCAUAGGUCAGGAACAUGGUCCCCGAACGUAUGAUGGAUCACUCGACAAGUGAUAACCUGUGUCUAAUAAUGUCUCUACGAUGGCCCUCCUGUUACACUGUGACAAGUGGCUGUGACAUGUACAUACAGCAACUUGAAAUGAUGCAAAUCAAAGCUUCCCAUUUCUUACUGAAAGACCUUCCUUUGUAAAGAGCUGUUUCAGAAGGAACUCUUAGGCUCGUAUUAAUCAUAUAUUUUAUUUUUAAACCCGAAACUUCUGUGUAGCGCUCUGUAGUACAAUUGGGAUUAAAGUGAUUUGCUAAACUUUUCA